ACCCACUUUAACUCUCUUCAAACUAGCCGUUUGCUCUUCAAACCUCCAAUGGCAGCAGCUUCCAUGGAAUCCCAAUCUCCAAAUCCCCUUAUCAAGGAAUCAAAUACCAUCAUGAGUUCGUGCUCGUCUCCAAUCAUCAGUCCGGUUUCCGAUAAGCUUUUCUGGAGCAAUCUUAGGAAUCGGAUCGAUACUCUUCUCGAGAAUCGGAAAGAUCAGUCUCUGAAUUAUGAAGAAGGGAGGAAUCGUUCUAAACGAUUGAAGGAAGAUUCGUUGCUUUUGUUAAGAGGAUUUGAUUCUGUUGCUAGUUCUCUUUCUCAGCUCUCUAACAAUCUGGAUAAUGCACUUCAGGGAGCCAAAGAUCUUGGUAGACCACCAACAUUAUCUGAUGUUCUUCACAGUUCUCUAGAACAUGCAAAAAGAAACCAGAAUUCAUCAAAGGAUGAAGAUGAAGUUGAAGAUGAUCAGAAUCUUGAAUCCAACAAAAGAGGGUUGAAAAGAAAGAUGGAAUCAGAAGAAGCUUCUGAUGAAAACCAGAGAGAGUUUGGAAAGCUCAACAGAGCCAAAAAUAUUGCGAUAUCAAUGGCGAAAAAGGCGGGUUUCUUGGCUCGUGAAGUGAAAUUGAUGAAAUCGGAUCUUUGUUUUAUUCAAGAGAGAUGCAGCAUUCUUGAGGAGGAGAACCGGCGGCUUCGCGACGGAUUUGUGAAAGGAGUUCCACCUGAGGAAGAUGAUCUGGUGAGGCUUCAAUUAGAGGCAUUGCUUGCCGAGAAGUCAAGAUUAGCGAACGACAACGCGAAUCUAACGAGGGAAAACCAGUGUCUCCGCCAGCUUGUGGAGUAUCAUCAACUUACUUCCCGCCAAGAGGAGGAAGAGGUGGUGGAAGACGAUUAUGAAGACGUGAUUAGGGGUGUGUGUUUGGACUUCUCGUCACCACCACCAACACCGCGCAUGCCGGAAAAUCUUGCCGGAGAUGGUGUCGUAAAAAACCCGCAAAUUGUAACAGAUUUAUGAGGUCUUUUGUUGCUUGUAACAACGACCAAAAAAAUGUAUUGUUGUGGAUUUCUGGUCAUAAUGGGAAAAGAACUUUUGCU